AUGAAGUUCUCCCUCUCCGCCCUCGUCCUCUCCCUAACCGCAUGCUCAUCCGCCUACGUCACAAUCGGCAGCGCCUGUAAAGGCUCAGGCUACGACUGCGCAGAGAGCCGCUCCGAGGUUGCCGUCUGCAACGGCCGUCUAUGGCAGGUUGCGGCUGAUUGCGGCAAGCAUGGUGUCUGUAUCUGGCCUGGUGGGGAUCCGGCUCCGUCUUGCACUACCGUUUAG